GGGGGGGGUGCCAAAAUUCUGUUCACCUACAGAAUUGAAAAAUACCUAGGGCCGGCUCUGCAGACAGUAUCUCCCCCUAAGCACUUGUAUGGGCUCUAAAAUCCUCAAGAAAUCCUCUUUAGUACCUCCACAUUAAUAAACUCAUCAGUUUGGCAUGCUAAAUAGGGUCUUCUUAGUAGCCUGGCAACUGUUAUCAACACAGCUAUAGGUCCCAGUAGAUAUUAUUGGAGGAGAGGUGUCUGCCAGUUCAUUGUGACAUGAGCCUGACAACAGAGAUACUAUGUAAGCACGUGGAAGGAAUCCUCACAGUUCCUGGGCACAGCAGAAGAUCAAGUCCCUCUCUUUUCCACCUCUGAGCCACUACCUUCAUUAAUCUGCCACAUCUAGAAGUCACAAUGUCAGCAAACAGACAGAAUGAGAUCUCAGCCCUUGGCAAAGCAGCCGCUCAUGUCCCUGACUUGAUAGUGUACGGUGAUUUUUCUCAGGAAGUCCCUUUCAUUGAGAGUUUUGAUGGUGUUCUGCUAUUUGUAGACAUUUCAGGUUUUACGGCAUUGACUGAAAAAUUUAGCACGGACACCAAAAUGGAUCGUGGUGCUGACGAGCUGACCCAGACACUCAAUCACUAUGUAGGUGACAUUGUGGAGGAAGUCCUUGUAUUUGGAGGUGAUGUCUUGAAAUUUGCAGGAGAUGCUUUAUUGGCACUCUGGAAGGUGGAACGUUGCCAUAUAAGUGACAUCAUCACUCUGGCAGUGAAAUGUAGUUUCAGCAUCCAGCAGGAGUAUGGUGUUCGUGACACUGAGGUGGGACUGGAGUUACGCGUGAAAAUAGGACUGUCUGCAGGCCAUAUCUCAAAAGUUAUUCUUGGAGACAACAAGUACCGGUAUUUCCUGGUAAUCGGCCGGGCAGUGGAUGAAGUGCGGUUGGCCCAAAAUUUAGCAAAAGCAAGUGAAGUUAUCCUGUCACCAAACUGUUGGGAGCUUUGUGAUCGAAAUUUAAUUGAAGUAGAUAGAAUUCCAGAUGAACGAGCAGUUAAGGUCAGAUACAUUAAGAAUAUACCUGACUUUGACAUGGAAGGAUUUCUUGAAAAAUGUUCACUCUACCUGCGUCAAAAUCGCAUAUCUGAAACCUUUGAGGUCUUGAGAAACGCCUCUAUCCUGGCUCCAAAUGAAGAACUUGAAAAGAAUUUGAGAAAAUUUGUGAUGAGGAACAUCUUGAGGAAGAUUGAUGACAAUCAGCCACUGGAAUAUUUGUCAGAGCUUCGGCCAGUUACCAUCGUUUUUGUGAACUUGCAAUUUGAUGAUAGUGCUAAUACUCACCAUCUGUGUAAGGCUAUCCAAGAUGCCUACACUAUGAUCAUAAGAGUCAUCCACCCUCUCAGUGGAAAAAUCAACAAGUUGUUUAUGUUUGACAAAGGCUGUACUUUGCUUUGCAUCUUUGGCCUCCCUGGAGAUAAGCAAGCUGAUGAGAGUGCAAAUGCUCUUGACAGUGCCCAUGAAAUUCAUGCAUUCUGUUCUAGAGCACUCAUGAAAGUAAAGAUUGUCUCUAUUGGAGUCACCAGUGGGCCAGUUUUCUGUGGAGUAGUUGGUCAUCGAGUGAGACAUGAAUACACAGUCAUUGGCCGAAAAGUGAACCUUGCUGCCCGGAUGAUGAUGUAUUAUCCUGGCAUAGUAACCUGUGAUGCAAUCACCUGUGCCAAAUCCAAGCUGCCUCUGCAUUUCUUUGAAGAGCUCCCCUUAAUUGAGAUGAAAGGUGUUCUGAACCCUGGGACAGUAUAUCAUUUUCUUGGUGUCAGUGAGAAAGCUAUGAUUUACAAAGCAUAUCUGACCAGGGAGAGAUCAGAAUAUUAUCCGUUACUAGGUCGCAAGAAAGAGACUGACAUCUUUGAGAACUUACUGAUGGAUUUUAAAGUUAUCAGAAAAAGCCAUAUCAUAAUGUAUGAAGGACCCAUGGGAUAUGGAAAAAGCCAGCUAAUGGCUGAAAUGGCCUACCUAGGGCAAUGGGCUGGUCAAAAGGUUGUGGCAAUGGAGCUUGCAAAAAUAAAUAUGUGCCAAAAUUUCUUUACUAUCCGGACAUUCAUGGCUAUGUUCCUGGGGAUUGAUACCUGUAAAACCUAUGAUGCAAGACAGUAUAUUCUUUUGGCGAAAAUCCACGAUAUAAUAAAUGAAGAAUAUUUAUGCCUUCUCAACAACCUAUUUCAUGUUAAGUUUCCCACUUCAGAAAAAGUUUGCCAAAUGAACAAAGAUGCAAGGAAUGAAGAAAUGGAAAGAAUACUUGUAAAGAUUCUAGAGAAUGCUGUGGAGAAAGAAAUUCUUAUUCUUGUCAUUGACGAAGCUCAGUUCAUUGAUUCAGCAUCGUGGGAUUUCCUGGAUAACUUGCUAAAGAAGGUUCCCAUCUUCAUCGUCAUGUCUUCAUCUCCUAUCAAAAGCAAGGGGAGACUACCUUGUCAGACCGCAGCUAAAAUCCUGAACAGUCCCGACACUACCUACAUUCAUUUAAGGGAGUUAACACCUUCAGUAAUUAUCCAAAAGGCAUGCCAAGACCUUGGGGUGGUCACUAUUGCCAGGGAACUAGAAACAUUUUUAAUACAAAGAAGCCAUGGAAAUCCAUUUUACUGUGAGGAGCUUCUCCGGAAUCUACAUCUAAACAAUGUGCUUCAGUUCCACCUGGUGGAGGAAGAUGAAGAAAAAGAGGAUGAGUGGGACAGCCUUUUUACUAAUACUGUUCUCAAGAGUCAAGACUCCAAGAACUUAGAAAGUGAGGGUGAAUCAUAUAUUUGCACAAUUAGACAGAAUGUGAAGCUACAUAGCAUAAUGUUACCUCCAACGUUAAAAGGAAUUGCUCUGGCUGAGCUAGACAACAUGAAUCCUUCAGAACAGAUGGUGGUGAAAUGUGCAUCUAUCAUUGGAGCGACCUUCACCACAGACCUGCUUCACUAUAUCCUCCCUGAAUGGUCAAAGAUGAAAAUGUAUCAGACACUAGCAGCCUUAGUAGACUCCAAUAUCUUUCAAUGUUUCAUUGAAAGAAAAGACUUGAAGGCUGCUGAAUUCUCCAGUGAACGCACAUUAUUCUUCAAGAUUACGAAACCAGCGCCACAAAAGUCUGAUAUUGGCAUAGCUGUUUCCAAUAGGCUUAAUCAAGAGGAGAGAGUCAUGGGGUGCAAAAUUAUGACGUUCUGCACACCAUUGUUACAAGAAGCAGCUUAUGAGCUCUGGCUGAAAAAUCAGAAGAAGGCCUUGCAUCUGAAAUGUGCCAGUUAUCUGGAGAAGCAUGCUCACCGCUGCAAGUGCUGUGGAGGAGGAGACUUCAUUUCCUUCCACCGUUUUGCAGUGGAAGGCAUGCUGGAAAACAUACAUACAUGGGAGGCUAAGGGUGAACAAGUCAUAGAAAAUGAACUGAAUCAAACCGUUUUGAUGCUCGUUUCUGAAACACUGAAAAAGCUGGAGCCAUCCAAACGUGAAGCAUAUAAAUGCUUCUCUCUUCCCACCUCCAGGCGUGGUACUAAGGCAACUGUGCUGGAAUCAAGUGGUGACACCCUUGCUUCUGAUCACUGGGACGAAUUUAGAAGUACAAGGCGCAGGGAAAAUACCAUAGAGACAAACGUCACCUGGCAAGAUUCUUUUAGAGCUGAAGAUACAGAAAUGGAAUUCCUGAAGAGGAUGGAUGAAAUUAUCUUCCUUACUGGAAUGAGCAAGAAAAAUGAUAAAAAUGUUGCCUGUUGUGAAUGUGAAGAAAUUGUGGAAUCUGUCAUUGUGCCUUUGUCUCAACACUGCACAGCUCUGGGGAAUUAUACUCGAGCUUUUUAUUACUUGCUGGAAUGUGCAUCUGGUUAUGUACACCUCUCCAAUAACUAUAUGGCGUUUACAUAUCUGAAUACAGCUGAGAGCAUGCUGAAAUUGUUGGAAUUCCAAGAGCAAGGUGUCAAUCAGUUUGAAGAGUCAGUUUUGUGCAGCCUAAAGGGAGAGGUCUCUUACAAUAUGGGUCAAAUCAAUUUGGCAAAAAAAUUACUGAAGAAGGCUUUGAGUUUAUUGAACAGAAGUUUCCCAAUUACUAUUGUGGGAGCGUUUUUCAUGUCUAUGGUGGAAACUUCCAGGCAUUUGUCUCAUCAGAAGAAGCAGACCUUUUGGCAAAUAUCCAGUGGAAAGCAGAAGAAAUUAGCUGUUCUGCACCUGCAAGGAAACUGCCUUUCCCUGUUGUGGCAGCUUUUCAGCCUGGAUCUUGCCCGAAGCAGCAAGAAAUUUUCUCGCCUAGCAGCUCUCAUGAAGGUGAAUUGUGCAGAGGAGUCGCACGAUGAUUCCCAGAUAAUAUCGUCCUAUAUGGAAUUCUCACUUUGCUGUCAGUUGUUGGGCUACCAGCAUGACUGGAUGAAAUAUGAGUUAAUGGCCAUCAGACGUAGUUCAUUUCUUCGGGUUGUUGGAGAAGGGCUAUUAAUAAUAACUAAGCUGGCAUCAUCGCUAGCCUACAUGAAGCUUUGCUUGGGAAACCUGCCCCUAGCCAUCCAACUAGGUUCUCGGGCCCAUGAAUUAUGUGAACAGUUGAAGAAACCUAAGCUUGACUAUAUUGUUCUCUUAGACCUCUUUAGUGCUCUUUUUUUCAGUACCAGAUUCCAAGAUGCGGUGCAAGUACUUAGCUGGCUAGAGGAACUUUCCAUUCAACACAACAAUAUCAUUGGGCAGGCUUGUUUUAUUUCUAGCUGCCUGAAUGUUAUGCUUUAUGCAGGUUUUUCAUUUAGGUCUUUUGAUCACUGUCUGGAAUUUGUUCUUGCUAAUGAAACUAACUGCAUUCUUAUGUCUCAAAACAACAUCAUGCUUGGCCUGUAUUCAUCUCUGGCAAUUUGGUUUGCUAGGAUUCAAGAAUGGAGUAACUUUGUACAGCCAUUUGAACAGGCAAGAAGGCUAAUGAGAAGAACAAGUGCUUCUCUUUAUGCUAAUCAUGGUUUCUGCAAGUUUGUGGAGUGUGAGGUUCUACUACUUCGAAAGUAUAUUGAAGAAAAGCCUGAUAAGGCCCGUGACCUGCGUAACAAAGUAUUAAAGAAUUUUGAUCUGGUAAUGGCUCAGUGUUCCACGAGCCCUAUCUUCUAUGCCAGAGUUUACCACCUGAAGGCCUAUGUCCAACUGAUGCUCGAUCAUGAUGAAAACAGCCAAAACUUUCUGGAGAAUGCGUUCCAGAACAGUGAGCUGUAUGGGAACUUUUUGGAACAAUCAUGGCUGGAGAUUAGCAAGGAGUGGUGGUUCACUGGAAGUUGCCCAAUGAAAGAUUGGUGGUUAAAAACAGUUCCAGAUUUUCCUGAGUGGAAAGUAGGCAUGACAAGCGCGGAAAUGGGAGAUUUCUAUAAAAACAAGUAUCUUCUGAAGGUGCCAGAGCUGGAUAUACAUAAUCAAUUCCCAGAAACUACUGUGGAAUACUAACAUCAAAUAAUUUCCAAGUGCCCAGCACCAGGGAAUCUGCUCUACAAGAAACUCAUGUGCAUCAUUGCUUCUGCAAGAAAUUCUGGUGUAGCUGGUGCAGCAGUGUAUGUCUACAAAUUCUGGCUUCUCCCUGGCUAAAUCCCCAUUCCAGUAUUUGUCAAGUGUACCUCAAUAUGGUAUCUGAUAACUAUUAUCUGUACUUAAAAUCCUUCCUUCCUGGAAAUCACUCCAAA